GCGGAGGAAAGAAAGAUGCAAGUUGCUUGCAGUUUCGAAAGCAUAUCCUUUCAGACUAGCAGCCUGGUUUUGCCAUGAUGCGCCCUACCUCAAGAGGUUCUACUACUUCCUUGGCCUCCGCUGGCAGGAACAUCCUUGGGCUGAAAGGGCCUGCGGAAGCGCAUACCCCAUCUAAGCCAGAUGAGCCUGCACGGGAAGCCCGUGAAAGUACUUGGAGGGAAGGAAGAGGAUCAACACUGGAUAAGGGCUUGAGAGAUGAUUUGAUGAGGAUUUUUUUGCAGUUGGACGAGGAUGGAGACGGAGUCCUUAACCAAAAAGAGUCAGCUGCCACAAAGCAGCUUGUAGCUCUUGCCUGUGGAAAGGAUGAGCGUGCACGGGGUGUUUCUGUUAAACAGGCACUCGGAGACGCUCAAGGGCGUGCAGAUGACUUCAUGUCUUAUGUCGUGGCUGUGUCCAAGCAGUCCCAGAUUCCUGUCCCAGAGAUACUGAAGAGAAUGAAUCAAGCUUUGAUGCUCGCCCGUAGGCCCAGUAAGUUUGAUGAAUCUGUCAAUGAACUUCGGCAUGCAUUGGUGCGCAAUGUAUCCAACCUUCCAGAUGAUCCGCUUGCAGCAAUACCCUUAUGGCGCACAGCAACUGGAAGCUCAUUUCCUUUGCCUCCUGGUGCGGCCAGUGGCCCUAUGAUCUGCGGAGUGGCCUUUAAGGCCAUGCAGUACCUAGCGGCAAGGACCGAGGACGCCGGAAUCAUCGAGGCUGCUUUGACGGCGAAAAUGGCGGCCCAUAGGCCCAUGUUCAAGAAGCUCUUUGAUCAAGCAGGUGAGAUUCUUGGGAUUUCUCGCCCUGAGAGAUCCACUUUGGAUCUAUUCUUGGGAAAACCCGACUCCGAGGAUUUCCUUCGGGUUCGCUUGAAAGAGGUCUCCCUAUCCUCAGGUCCAGAACCCUUACUGGAUGGCAUAGGUGGCUUUGAUGUUGGACAUGUUGAAGAGCGAGAUGUCCCAGGAGAUCUUUGGGCAGAAAUGCGUAAGACAAAAGCGGAAGUACCGGAGCAUCCUAAGCUUGCUCGUGCGACUUCCCAACUCACUGACAAUGAUCUUCAGAAUGUUUCGUUAGUCCUUACAGCUGCGCCAGUGGGUCGGCACACGUUCAAAAUUCGACUCCGGCUUCUUGGCAACAAGCUGGUGCCUAAUUACAUUCUGAUGGUGCCAAAGUUGAGCACAAAAGGACAUUGCAGGUAUUCCUCGCACAAGGUGACAAUGCUAGGAAAGGAGCCUGUCAAGGCCGCCUUUGAAUGCGGAAGCUUCUUGCUUUUCAAUGCCCGUGGAGACCAGCUAUCUGACUUGGUUUUGGAGCAUGAAUUUCUGAACCAACGUGUGCGAGUGCAGCCCAAAAGUUCUGCUGUCAUCUCGGAAGUUGUCCCUGUUCCUGAGCUUAGUGAAGAAGAAAGACUCAACAACCUGGCAUGCAACCCACGAGUGCGGUCAGUACUGGAAUCUUUGGGGCUGGACAGGAAGGGUGGGGAGCGUGACAUUGCCUUUGCCAUGCGUUUAGGAAGAGCUUUAAGAAGUGGCUAUGCCUAUGACGCAGAGGCCACAGAAGCAGAACUGUCUGAUUUAACUACCAUGAUUUGGGAGAAAAGUCGAGGAGACUGCUCGGCAUUCAAUGCUGGCUUCGUGUAUGCCCUCCGAGCCUUUGGAAUCCCGGCUCGGGUGUCCCUGGGAUUCAAGUACGGGACAGCGGUCCGGGAUGCUUGUGGUGCAGUAGUGGCUCCUCACGCGCAAGCAGAGUUUUUUGCCGACGGGGUUGGUUGGGUGCCUUGUGAUGCUACCACUGGAGUGCGUCGGUUCGGUCAUGAAGCCACUGAAGUUCUUUCCUUUAUCGAAUGGAGGCCUGCCAAUGCUGCCUUGGAAGAGGUGAAUGAAAUGCACAAAUUUAUUCAGGCAGACUAUCAUUCUUUUCAACCGCUGCGUGCUCAGCUAGAAGGCGAUGGGUGGGCAGACAAGCCCAUGCCGCCGGAGAAAUUUGGCAAGAUGGUUGCUGAAGCUACCAAGCAGUCAGAGAGCAGUGCCUUGGGGCAAAUCAAACAGGUCAUGCAUCUCUGUAAAGGUGAGCCCAAAAUUCCAUCUGCCACUCGCAUGGCAGACCUGUUGGCAGCUUGGGAACUUGGACAAUUUCGAGAGUUGGGCACUGGGAAUGGUUUGACAGAAUCUGCCAGGGCAGGUCUCAAAAUCUUCGAAGGUGGACCUUUUUCUGGUCGGCCCCUUCGCAAGGCAGAGAUCAAUGAGAACAUGCUUGUACCUGAUCAGAUAGAUGCCGUGAUGGAGCAUGUUGGAGCCAAGUCCACGAAAGACUGGCCAAAGUUUUGGCCAUUUGGAGUCUUCUCCUGCAACUAUGAAUUCACUCAUCAACCACCUUAACUGCUUCAAUGUACAGUUCAGAUCUGUGGCACUGCACCCCACAUGUGAGGCGACUGCUGACACCUGUGUUCAGAUCUGGUGUAGCUGCCUCUUUUUUCAGUGUAAAUAGACGACGUUCACACAGAUUUAUAGACCUGUCUUGUGGUGGUUCAGUCCGACUUGCAACUCGAAAAGGGUGCUUGUGGCAACCGUUGGGCAACCUUUUGCACAUGUUUCGAUAGUCAGCCG